AUGGCUUGGUGUGAGCGCGGGGUUCAGACGCUGUUGGCCACCGCGGGGGCUUUCGCCGCCUUCAGCCUCAUGAGCAUCGCCAUCGGCACGGACUACUGGCUCUACUCGCGGGCGUACAUCUGCAACGGGACCAACGCCACCGCCGACGAGUCCCAGCCGCAGCCCAGGAGCAGGAAAGGGGACCUGACGCACUCGGGUCUCUGGAGGAUCUGCUGUAUUGAGGGCAUCAAUCAAGGCAGCUGUUACAGGAUCAACCAUUUCCCCGACGACAACGACUACGACACGGACAGCUCAGAAUACUUGUUGCGUAUCGUGCGAGCCUCCAGCGUGUUCCCCAUCCUCAGCACGGCACUGCUCAUGCUGGGCGGCUUGUGUGUCGGAGCGGGCCGAGUUUACAGCAAGACCAACAACGUCCUCCUCAGCGCGGGCAUUCUCUUCGUGGCCGCGGGUCUGAGCAACAUCAUCGGCAUCAUCGUGUACAUCUCAAGCAACGCGGGCGACCCCAACGACAAACGGGACGACGACAAGAAGUACACGUACUCGUACGGCUGGUCCUUCUACUUCGGCGCCCUGUCUUUCAUUGUGGCCGAAACGGUGGCCGUGCUGGCCAUCAACAUCUACAUCGAGAAGAACAAGGAAGUGCGCUGGCGUGCGCGCCGCGACUUCAUACGCUCGCUCUCGUCGUCGUCGCCGUACUCGCGCAUACCGAGCUUCCGCUACCGCCGGCGGACGUCUCGGGCCAGCUCGCACUCCACUGAGGCGUCGCGGGAGAACUCGCCCGCGGCGGGUCUGAAGGGGGCCGGGGGCGGGUGCGGGCCCCUGGACGAACUGUCUAUGUACGCCCUGGCGCGGGACAGCACGACGGACAACGCGUACAGCCCCGAACACGAGGCAGCUGCAGAGUUCCUCCAGGUGCAUAACUGUUUCCCCAAUGAUUUGAAGGACGGGGCGAAUCGCAGGACCACGCCUGUGUGA